CCAUCACAAUUAACCGUUCAUACAUCAUGGAAUACCAGCAGUACCGGUCGCCGUUCGGAGAUACAACGUUUACAAAAGUGUUCGUCGGAGGUCUUGCUUGGGAAACUCCGACGGAUAUAAUGCGUCGCUAUUUUGAACAGUUUGGAGAAAUUCUAGAAGCUGUUAUCAUUAAUGAUAAAUACACUGGCAAUUCUAAAGGCUAUGGAUUUGUAACAUUUCGUGAUCCAGAAUCGGCUAAAAGGUCUUGUGUCGAAGCGAACCCCAUCAUUGACGGCAGAAGAGCAAAUUGUAACAUCGCUUCCUUGGGCCGUUCGCGACAAGGCAGAGAUGUAGAGACGACACAACAAAUGAUCAAUUCGUCGGUUUAUGGGGGAGGAAUAACGGCGGCAACAACUCCGGCACAACCAGUUUACUAUCCAUCUUAUGGCUAUGCAGCUUACCCAUCAGAAUAUGGCUAUCAACACCAAACUUUGUAUAACACACAACAACAGUUCUACGGAACGACGUCGUCUUCAGGAAUGGGCAUGGAAUUACCUACUUACUACUAUGGGUACCCUUCCAUGCAACAACACCAGGCGCAAAGUAACCCGACUCCCUCUUAUCUAUAUUAUCCUACUACGUAUAUAGAGUCCUUCCCCACCUAUAAUCAUCUUCUUCCCCGGUCCUCUCCGUUCUCCGCCACCGCCGUCGCCGGAGGCACCGAUCAACAAAGUUCUACACCAAAAAUGACACUAAGGAACCAAUUUGCAUCUUCCACAGAUUUACAGUCAAAGUCUGCACAAACAAAAGGUGAGGAUAAUAGCAUCACUCUAGAAAGUCCACAAUGA